AUGUCGUGUGAUGACUUAACUUUAACGAACCAAGUUACAAACCGUAAACAUAAAUUAUUCUUAUUUUAUUGGGGAUUGUUAAAUCUCGGUAGAGAACAACGUUCCAAGCAAUUAUGGAAACGUCUUCUAGCUGUAGUACCGAAGAAAACAAUGCUUGAGACAACUAUUGCGCAAAUAAUGUCUGAUUUUAUCAAUGGAUUGUUAACACUGUGGUUUGAAGGAAUUAAUAUUAAUGAUUAUAAAAAUACGUUGGAUCAGAAACAAACAAAAAUGACACUUGAUAUUUAUAGGCAGCGUUGCCACGACAUUGAAAAAUUUGAUGAUAUUACACAAUUACGCGCAAAAGAAGAAAGACGAAUAAUGUGGGGAAUCAAUGCACGCAGUGCUUUUGAGCGAUUACCAUAUUUUGACAUAACCAGACAAGUUUUAUUCGACCCGCUUCAUGUUUUAUUAGAAGAGAUAUGUAAGCGAAUGUUGAAUAUAUUUCUUAUUCAUUGUGUUGACAGGAGAUUGUUUGAUUUAACAUUAUUCUGUCAAAAAGUUCGUAGCUUUCCAUUUACACGAUUACAAAAACGCUCGAAACCAAAACUUAAUAUCACUGUAAGUGUGUUAAGAAACAGUAAUUCUAUGCCAUUAGAUUCGCUGCCAUUAUUUUAUUUGAUUAUUGUAUUACCCAAUAUUCUUGCUGAAUUAAUAGGACAGGCGUCAUUUCCUGAAUAUGAAUGUAUGUUAUUACUUCAUGAUGUUGUUAAUCUGUCUUUUGCAACAGAGAAUGUCGAUACAACGGCCAGUGAAUUAGAAAAGAAAAUAUUGGAAUAUAACGUUUUGUGUAAGCAGUAUUUUCCUGAUGCUAUUAUCCCGAAAUCACAUUUCAAUACUCAUAUACCAGAUCAAAUAACUGAUUUUGGACCAGGUGGAUACGUUAACUGCUUAGGAACAGAAAGAAAACAUCAGUUCUUCCGAGAUGAGAAAACAAGGAACUACAAGAAUUUAGCUUACUCGAAAAGUAAAAGACAUCAACUGAGUAUUAUUGUUAGUGAUCAAAAUGCGGACGGUUUUUUUAACAAUACAGUUUUCUGUUCACCUUCGGCAGUUCAGGCAACCGUGAAUAUUCAUAUUCAAAUGUUAUCUAUGGUCAAAUUAAUCGAUCCAAAUGUUGUGCCUGUUCAUGAACUGGAAAUAGUCUACGUGCAUGAAAUUCAAUAUAGAAAAGAUGAUAUUAUCGUAAUUUCUGAUAAAUUACCAAAAGUGACACCACUUUUUGCACAGAUAAGACUUCUUGUUAUGGACAACGC